UACUGACCCUGAGUGACAAGAGUCUGGCACACAAGCUAAGCAAAGGUCAUUUCUUCAGAAGCCGUCGCUAUACUACAGGCUCACGGUGCUGUGGCUCAUCUUAGUAGGUCUGUUUGUGGAUACAGAGAACUCGCUCCUUCCUACCUCAACAUCUAUCCACGGAAUGGGGACUCAAACGUGGCUGUUUUUAACAGUGCUGUCUGUACUGACAGUGACGUCAUAUCAGGCCCGUCCUACGUCACGUCCUGACGUGUCCGGUCUGGACCGGGCUAACAUGACGUUUGUGGAGUUCUGGACCGGACUCCGGAGGUGUGAGACCGGUCUGGUCCGGUCCAUGUGUCAGAACCCCGGCACCACGGUCCAGCAGUGCAGUUCAGGAGACAUAGCUGCAAACUUCACCCGGUGCGUGCGCUCUCUUCUGUACGACUGGAACUACUGUCACGACUCCUGCAGCCCAGCGGAGGUCAACACCCUGGUGGAACAAACCAUGGCCCAGAACUUCAUCUUUAACGACUCCGACAACUGCGCUGGGUAUGGCGGCGAUCUUGUUCAGCGGGAUCCCCCGGAGUUCCUGGCGGGAUGUUCUGCCGACUUCCCCGUGCAGGUGACCGAAUGGUGCUACGCUCCCUUCCUGGAGAAAUGGCAGAAUGAUCCUGCCGACCCAACCUUGUGUAGGCAGUACGUGUACACGAAGGAAUGCUGGCACCAGCUCGCCUCCAGUCUGUGUAACUAUGCCGACCCUGUGAUUGACUGGUUAGACCCGCAGUGGGACGACUUCAACCCGUUCAUGGAAAACUGUCCCUGUGACGCAGCGCCCCAGACUGACGUGUCAGAACGCCCGGCUAUCGAGCAGAUCCCCCAGUUUAACGUCGGCAGCUGUAACUACGUGGAGUGGCUGGAAAAGUUCCGUCUGUGCGAGGACAACCUCGUGGCGUCCAUGUGCCACAACCCGGACACUACCCUUCAGCAGUGUGCAACGGGGGAGAUCGGUGGUAAUUUCACGACCUGUGGCCGCCAGUCCUUCCGCACCUGCUUCGCGAGCGCAGGCGUGCCUGAAGAACAGGUUGAACAACAGGUGGACGCCAGAAUGAGUGAUCCGAUGAUAUCGAACACCACGUGGUUCUGUCAGAUGUACGGCCUUGACUUUGCCCUGCCGUGGGAGAACUACGGACCCAUGUGCAACUUCAAGUUCACAGACAGGAACACCGCCUGUUUGAAGCCACUUCUGGACAUGUGGAGUGACAAUCCGGCCGACCCUCGUAUAUGCAGGCAAUUCCGCACAACCAAAGACUGUUGGCACAGGAACAUUAACCAAAACUGCCUGCUGGAUGUGGGCCUGAAGGCUAUCACAGACUGGUUCGACAGCCAGUUUGACGACUACAACCCAUUUGAGCAGUGUCCGUGUGUGUUACACACUUCACAGGCUGGAACCGUUCAUGGCACUUACACUGUGCUGUCAGUCGCUUUACUCGUGUUGCUAAUGACCCCAUGGAUCCGGGAUUACCAAUGAACUUGAUAUUCAUAGUGAACUGAAAUUCAUUCUAUACUUGCAUUGGCAAAAGUUUGCGAUCUGAGAAAAAUGGAGGUGUUCACAGAACUACAUGUAUUAUUUUACUAUACAUGUAUGUUCACAGUGGUGGCAGGUGCAAAAAAAAAAAGUCGGCGAAUUCUUUGUUAAUGGUAACGAUAAGUUUGCUGUAUAGAACUGAUCGCGAAAGCUGCAAGUAUAAAAGUACAUUUUGUACCACGAAACAAUCAGGAAUUAUAAUACUUUAUGUUAUACAUUUGUACAUGUAUUACCUCCUCUCAUGGAAGUCAGCCCUAUUCAACUGAAGCAACUACCGGUACCCUCUAGCUCUAAUAUGUGCCCAAGAUUGAGGCAUAAAUACAUGUGUGUAUUUCAAACAGAAUCCAUGUUUUUGUGGGAACAGGUAAGCUGAGAAUGAUAACAAUGCUAUUGCACAUGAUCAAUUCAAGUUCAACACUUACAUAGACAUACCAGUUGUACUUACAUGAGUAAUCACAUAGAUAUAUGUUACACACACAUCAACAUAUGGCAGUGUUACAUGUACACAGGAAGAUACCGUCACAAUAGCAUUUUUUUGUUCUAGCAUUAGGCUGUGAGAGAACUAACCAUUGAUAAGGAUCUAUCCAUGGCAUGGAAAGUAUUCACUCUUACACUUGUGCCGACUGUAUUAUCUGUGUAUUCUAAAUCUCAGCUCCAAUUUCUAAAAGAGUGCAAUUUGAUAUACAUGUACAUGGACAUUAGUUUACAGAGUAUAGCUACAAAUCUGAUUAGUCCCAGACAUAUACUCUGAAUCAUACUUCAAAGCUCAUGAUUUUCUUGAGUUCUAAACAUGGACUUAAGUACUGAAGUCUUAUGCCAUAUCUUUUACAUUCAUCUUUUAGGUUAAAUUUUCUGCAUCACUUGACAAUUUCAACAAUUUCGCAGAUGUGAGCAAUACACAAAUGUGACACCUUAAAAGUCUUUAAGUUCACAUAGCAUUGUAUAAUAUUCUCAGAGCUUUGGUAUAAACUAUGUACUCUAUAAACUAUAAACUAGUGGCAUAAACCGUUUGUCUACCAACUGAUUGGUGCCAUGUACAUGUCCAAUACAGGAUACCUGACAAAGUGAGAAUACAAAAUCUAGUCAUUCUUGCUGAAGUGUGGUGUGAAGGGUUGUAUUCUUCAUUUCAGUUGGUGACUUGAAACUGGCAGUACUGGUUGUCCAACAUCAAACCUC